AUGACGUGUUGUGUUUAUGUCGUGCAGCCGCUGAGGUAACGGGCUUGUCACGGUCAUGGCUAUGUUUCGGAACCUGGUGGCCUCUUCGCAGCACCGACAACAUCACUCUCACCAGUCACUGGCGACUCCUUCAUCCGCAGACAGUUUAGAGACUCAGUUUGGCUGUCCCAUUUGUCUGGAGGUUUAUUAUAAGCCUGUGGCGAUCGGGAGCUGCGGACACACGUUUUGUGGUGAGUGCUUGCAGCCAUGCCUCCAGGUCUCCUCCCCACUGUGCCCACUUUGCCGCAUGCCAUUUGACCCAAAGAAGGUAGAUAAAGCCUCCAAUGUAGAUAAACAACUCUCUUCAUACAAAGCUCCAUGCAGAGGCUGCAGUAAAAAGGUGACCCUUGCAAAGAUGAGAGCUCACAUUUCCUCAUGUCCUAAGGUACAAGAACAGAUGGCGAACUGCCCAAAGUUUGUUCCAGUUCUCCCAACAUCCCAACCCAUUCCCAGCAAUAUCCCCAAUCGGUCCACAUUUGUAUGCCCAUAUUGUGGAGCCCGUAACCUUGACCAACAGGAACUUGUAAAGCACUGCAUGGAGAAUCAUCGGAAUGACCCUAACAAAGUGGUAUGUCCCAUCUGUUCAGCAAUGCCAUGGGGAGACCCGAGCUACAAGAGUGCCAACUUCCUCCAACAUCUGCUCCAUCGACAUAAAUUUUCUUAUGAUACAUUUGUGGAUUACAGCAUUGAUGAGGAAGCAGCACUUCAAGCAGCCCUUGCUCUGUCUCUUUCAGAGAACUGACAAAACGUUUUGCACCCGAUGUCCCUCUUCUCGGUGCUACCACCAACAGCCGAGGCUUGUACAUUCCUUCCAAAAUAUAGCAAUCACAUUUCCUUCUC